ACUUUGAAUGAAAACUAUCUGCACGCUGUCUGUAAAGUACACAGGCAGAGUGCGAGCUGGUGAGGUCUGUUUCUGUUCUCGUUAUUCUCAACAAGUAAGUAGCAGUAUUAGAUGCAUUGUUUUUUUUUAAUAAUUAUAAGACUAGAUUAACAAGAGUUGUUGAAUUCCGCUAUUUCUGAUACGAACAAUUUAUACAACAAGCAUUAUAAUUGGGAAAAUUUAAAUAAUAUGUAUUGUGUAGAUGGAUAAUCUAUAAAGGGAUUCAAACUUCAAAAUUUUUACGAAAGAAAUGUCAGAUAUCUAGUAAGACAUUAUUUGUUAUUUCCCUUGCCGAACAAUGAUGAGUAAACAGUAUUGUUUAUUGGAAAACAAGUAAUAAUAUACUGAUCGGCGUGCAGAGGCCUCCACCUAACAUUUACCCUUCACAAAAGAACGUAAAGAUGUUAUUGUCUGCCUUUUGGAGGGCGAUAUUUUACUAUUAAAUAAUUUUUACUGGACAAAAAAUCUGCUUACAAUUCGAUAUUUUAAACAUAAAUAAGUGUAUAAGUUUUAAGGUCAAUCAGUCGAGAUAUUAGGCUGUAAAAAUGUCUGUUGUACACGUAAGCAUUGAAAUCGCCUAUUCCGAAGACAUAUUUACUCACAGUGUAAUUCUAUAAUAACCUGACAAAUCCGUCAACAAAAUAGGCCUGAAUGGUCUAUGUUUACUUAAGAAUUUUUGUGUUUAUUUUGAAAAUACCCUAUAAUUUUUUUCUAGCAAGAUUUAUGGCGCGUACCGAACUCUAUAAAGAACAAUCUUUGGCCAAAAAAGCUCGUAAAAACUCACCGAGCAAGGAGGAAUCAUCAAAAGUUUUUCAAAUACCACCUCCUGGUGCACCACUUGCCUUUUUCCCCUUUCAUCCUCAAGACCUUGGUCGGUACCCUUUCCUGGAUCCGGCAUCCUACGCAAGUGCGGCUUUCAUCAAUUCAUCUCCAGUUCCCCUCAACUCAAAUCUACCGACAACAACAACGGGUGUUCAUGGCCUACCUGCACCUUUCGAUUUGGGAGCAACUUUCGGAAUGAGAACGCCGCCCAACACAGCGGCAGCUUCCGGCUUAUCUGUCGAUCCGCUGUUGACUUACCAUAGAUUGCAGCAAUUAGAGCAUUAUAGACAAACUGCGGCAGCAGCAGCCUAUAGGCGCCUUUCUCCCGCAACUUUAGCAGCCUUACAACAGCAGCAACAACAGCAACCUUUUUAUAUUCCAUCAGCUCCGUCCGUCGCCAGUCUUCCAACAUUUCGCCCUAAUCAGUCAUUACAAGAAAAUCCAAUGCAAGCAGGUAGCCCUUGCACAAAUUUAACCUCUGUCAGAUUAGGAAAAAAACGAACUUUAAGUUCAUCUCCUUAUACGGAUUUGCUCGACAAUGUUGGGGACUCGUUGUUUUUGAAUAGCUUGGGAUCUUCUUCGAGGUCUAGCAGCAGCCGUGGUUCAUUUGGUCAUUUGAAUGCUGCAUCGAUUGGUUCAGCUUUGAGUUCCGGUCAAACGACUCCUUUAACUUUUCCUAUUGUCCCGAUCAUACCAAUAAAUAGAAGACCCCAGACGGAAGAACCUACCGAAUCUAUAGUAUCAAGUACUGUCGAUCAUGAAAAUAAGUCAAUAAGAAUAAAACAAGAAGGAAAAGACGGCGAAGAAAAUUUCACAGAUACCAAUUGCCACUGGAAGGGAUGUGAACAAGAAUUCGACAAUCAGGAAGAUCUCGUUCGACAUAUUAACUGCGAUCAUAUUCAAUCCCACAAGAAAGCAUUUGUUUGUCGAUGGCAAGACUGCACCCGGGAAGAAAAGCCGUUCAAGGCUCAAUAUAUGCUCGUUGUUCAUAUGCGACGUCACACAGGAGAGAAGCCACACAAAUGCACGUUUGAAGGCUGUACGAAAGCAUAUAGUCGAUUGGAAAAUUUAAAAACACAUCUUCGAUCGCAUACUGGAGAAAAGCCCUACAUGUGCGAAUUUCCUGGUUGUACAAAAGCGUUCAGCAAUGCAAGUGAUAGAGCAAAGCACCAAAAUAGAACUCAUUCGAAUGCCAAGCCUUAUGUCUGUAAGGCUCAAGGUUGUAAUAAAAGAUACACUGAUCCGAGCUCUCUCCGAAAGCAUGUUAAAACUGUCCACGGUGCUGAAUUUUAUGCUCAAAAAAGACACAAAGGCUUACCGUCAACGGGUGGUGCUGAUGCUGAUUCUCCACAGAGCGAUUCAAAAGAUGAAAAGGAAAGGAAGAAAAAUGGUUCAGAGCAAAAACUGGAUAGCUGUAAGACUAUGAUAUCUAAAUCGCUUAGUCCUGACCAAAGAGAAGGAUCAGACAGGGAUAUAAAGAGCACGUCAAGUUCUAAUAAGAAUCAUUCAAGCCCAAAUACAAGCUCUUUAUCUAAUGGACAUAGUCCUCGAACCAUUCCCUAUCAAUCUGAAGACAAUAAUCGAAUCGAUGUUGUAGAAGAUAUCGAAAUGGAUCAGUGGGAUAUGAUGUCACCAGUUGGUUCAUGUAUGACUUCCUCCAGAUCUCAAAUGCCAACUGUUCGAAAGAUUUCUUUAAAAAGUAGUGUUCCAGUUGUAAGCGAUUCGAGAAUCGGAAGAAGACAUAUAAUUAACGAGCCGAAUAAUUACGAACCCUCCUAUUUUAACGCUCCAGCCCCUGCAGUGCAACAAUAUCCUUUACAAAUCCCAUCCCUUCCCCCUUCUACUAUAACUCAUGGUUCUACUCAAAUAUCUUCAAGAUUCAAAUCAGCUUCUUUUUACGACCAACAAACUUUUGUUAGUCCAACUGAAAGACGCGAAUCAAAUAAUUCAGUCAGUACAUACUAUUAUAGUAUGUAUGGAAGUGGAUAUACUGGCUCCUACGCUGAGAGCAGAAGAACAAGCAACAUGUCCACUGGGUCACAUUAUCCUUAUGAGUAUGAUCUUCCGAAGCCUGAUCUAUGUCACUUGUCUCAGCAAAUGGAGCGAGCACAUCUCUGUUCAAAUCAAUUUCGAUUUCACUAUAACGAAGAACAAAUGGCAAGAUAUUUCAAUUCUCAAGGAAUGCAACAAAUUUCUGAGACAGAAAUAGAAAAUAGAAGAUCCUCUGAACCUAUUCGUAAGAAUGAUGAUUCUGUUUUGUCAGCUAAUAGUAAUCAGUUAAGACGCUUUCGAUCAGUUGAUGCACCUGGUAAUAAUAUACCAGAGCAUACAACUUAUGAAGAAAUGCUAAUUCCUGAAGAUAUGGAAAAAUUUUUAGCAACUAGGGAAAAUAAUAAUGAAGAUUGGAAUAGCAAUUGCCAAUCGUGUAAAUAUAUUCACGUUCAAACGACAGAAUCAACCAACGAUGAAUCGCCAGGCUGUAAUCAGGUCUCAUCAACAACAGACGCAUCAAGUAUAGAGGAUUUCACACCAAUAGAAAUGCCUGAUAAUUUCUUGGAUUCCAUAAUUCGGCAGGAAAAUUCUAAUUUGAUAGUAAACGAUAUGUCUUCUACUUUGAGUAUUCUAGCAGAGGAAAACCGCUAUUUAUCUUUGCAAUAA